UAUGAACAACCUUUUUCACCUAAUUCCAUCCAGCUACGCGAUUCAUAUAACGUAUAAAUACCCAUGAACCCACAAAGUAUAUCAUAUGCUAAACAAACACAAAAAUCCCUCUUGAACAAGUUAUUUCACUCCUGAUUUAGUGAUUUCUACACUUGUUUACGCUUGCUUCUUGAAACCAUGGGUUCUCGCUUGUUUAUAUAUGGUAUGCUGCUCGUUGCUUGUGUGAUGAGUACUGGGACAAUGCCAGUUGUAGCUCGUCGCCUUCUUGAAGAUUCUUUGCCAGAGCAUCCUAAGGCGGAAGUGCCAAAGCCAGAAGUUCCAAAGCCGGAAGUGCCAAAGCCAGAAGUUCCUGAACUUCCAAAGCCUACCUUGCCUGAGCUUCCUAAACCCACGGUACCUGAACUCCCAAAGCCUGUCUUGCCCGAGCUUCCUAAGCCUACUCUGCCUGAACUUCCAAAACCUACCUUACCAGAGCUCCCUAAACCCAAUGUGCACGACACACCCAAGCCAAAACUACCAGAAAUUCCAAAGCCCAAAUUGGAUGAGGCACCAAAGCCUAUCGAGCACGAAUUGCCCAAGCCUACAUUGCCAGAGUUGCCUAAACCUUCUGUUCCUGAAAUGCCAAAACCCACCUUACCCCAGCUCCCUAAACCCACUGAGCAUGAGUUACCCAAGCCAUCAGUACCAGAACUACCAAAACCCAAGUCAGUUGAGGUGCCAAAACCCACCGAGCAUGAAUCACCCGAGCAUGAAUCACCCGAGCAUGAAUCACCCAAGCAUGAAUCACCCAAGCCUACACUGCCACAUCAACCUAAACCUGUUGUACCUGAAAUGCCUAAGCCCCAUUUGGAUGAGCUGCCAAAACCCAAGAUGCCGGAAAUGCCAAAACCCACCAUGCCCGAGAUGCCUAAACCUACAAUGCCUGAGCUGCCAAAGCCCACAAUGCCUGAGCUACCCAAGCCUGUAGUGCCUGAGCUGCCCAAAUCCACUGUGCCUGAACACCCUAAGUCUGCCAUCUCAGGCAACCCUUGAAGAAUAUAGUAGCUUGCAUAUCUUCGGACUAUGUGAAUUUAUUGGAUAAUGAUAAAUAAAUGUUUUAUUUAUUGAUAGUUUUUGUUUCUUCUCCUUUUUAGGGGGCGAAGGAAUUUGAUUCCUUUGAUAUCUUAUACGUAGUAUAUGUUUGUACUUUUCGUUCUUUUUGAACAUUGUACUUUGUAACAUUUCAUCUCUUUGGUCCUAAAUAUUUCGUAAUUUAUAUAUUCUCAUUUGGAUUAA